GUGCUUCAGAGGGGAUCGCGGAUUCGAGGCGGCGCGCGCGAAAGGCCUCGCGUACGGUUUUCAAAUUUCCACCACUACUCAACUACUGCCUAGCGCCAACGACGACGACUGAAUAAUAUUAUUAUUACCUACCUACAUGCAUACAGGCGCGGAAUAGAAUAGCGACGAUUCACUAUUGACGAAAUAUUUUACGCGUAGUCGUCGUACUCGUAGUCGUAAUACUACAAGUAUAAUAGUCAUAGUGUCGCUCGCGCGUCCGCACACGGUCCGCGUUCGUGUAAAAUCGUGUCGACCUGAUGGUAGAAUCGCCAGUAUUGUGUAAAUAUCUGCGACAAAUAUUCAACUACGCUAUUUAACUAACUUUUUAUGAUCGCUAAUCAAUAAAUAACAGCACCCAUCGAUACUUACAAAGCAGCGUCGUCAUAUCUUGUUGAAUAGCCGUGUCUUCAGUCUUGUAUCGUUUGAAAUUAUCCGACAAACGCUGACCUUACGACUGUGAAAUUAUUAUAACGAUUUACGACGUUAGCGAAAUGUAAAACACAAUUCUGUCGAGGGCAGAUAAUUAUGCUACCACCGCCACGCAUUUUAUUAUCCCCGAAAACAGGUAGAUCUGGUAAAACCCAGGAGGAUCCGGUUCACGCUGAAAGCUCCCAAGUCGUAGGGAUGAACGCGCCACAGCCAUGUUGUCAAUGGUAAUGUCUGCACAAAGUCCGUUGACACGCCGCGAAUGCUGCAUCACGAUUCACAGCCGGUCCAAAAUGAACUGGUUCAUAAAUAUUAUAAUAUUCCAAGUACUUCUUGGUCAAGUUUUAUCAGACUUAUUGUGCUUAAGUAGUGAUGAAUGCUCAUGUAAGCAUCAUGUUUACAAAGAUGAAAUACAAAUGGAAUGUGGUUUAUCAACUGUAGAAGCCAAUUUGAUGGAAUCCAUAAUUAAAAUUGAAUGUAAUUCAGAUAAAAUACAUUGGGAACAGCAUUUUGAUCAAAUCAAUAUUAAAGAUUUACAUUAUGCAAAUUGUCUAUUAUCAGAUACAGGAAUUUAUCAAACCAUCUCAACACUUGGCAUUAACAAGGUUCAAAAUAUGAAACUAGUUUCCAUGAGACUCAAUGGUAGUCUAGAAAAUGGUUAUUUGUCAAAUUUGGAGAGUGUGAAAACUUUAGAUAUUUCUCUUACCAAAUUAAUAUUAACCAAUGAAUCAUUUAAGGGAACACCUUACCUAACAAAAUUAUACCUCAGACAUAACUACAUUGAAGAAAUACCUAGUGGUGUGUUCAAAUCCCUUACUUUUUUAGAAAUAUUAGAUUUAGGAGAUAAUAAGAUAACCAAAAUAAAUAGUGAUCUAUUUUAUGGUAUUCCGUUAAAAGGUUUGAAUUUAGACUCAAAUUAUUUAACAACUUUGGACUUAAAUAUUCAGAGUCUGAAGCAUUUGGAUGUAGCCAACAAUCAAAUUACAUUUAUAACUGUUGGAAAUCUCAGUAAACUUGUUGAUAUAUCAUUAAACAAGAAUGUUUUAGUAACAAUGCCAAACCAAACAUUUGAAAACACUUCUCUAGAGUCUAUCAGAUUUAGUUAUGGUAAUUUUACCACUUUACCUCAUAGAUUUUUAACUAACUUAGACCGAUUACUUUAUAUUUAUCUCAGGUCUCUAAAUUUAGAAAAAGUACCAGAAAAUAUGAUUUGGAAUUCAUCGAAUAUUAUAGAAUUAUCAUUGGCUUCAAAUCGUUUGAAUGAAUUGCCAGCAAUGUUUUUUCGAGACGCUGGAAAAAUGAAAUUGUUAGAUUUAUCUAAAAAUCAAAUUAAAAAUAUCAACUAUGAAUUACUAAGACCAUUAAUAAAGUUAGAGACCUUAGAUUUAUCCAAUAAUUUAAUAGUUCAAAUUAAUAAUUUUGGCCUAAGGUACUUAAGAAAUUUAAAAUACCUCAAUUUAGAAAGAAAUAAAAUAAUAAAUUUUGAAAGGGAAGCAUUAAAUGUUCCGAAAUUAACAACAUUGAAAUUGUCUCACAACAAAAUAAGUAGCCUGAUCUCAAAUUAUUCAUUCUCAUUACAUUAUUUGGAUGAAAUCGAAACUAUUGAUUUAUCAAACAAUUUUAUAAAUUGUAUUGAUCCUGGCUGGUUAAAUUUAAUUAAGUUAAAUAAUAUUAAUCUAGCAAGUAAUAACAUUACUAUACUCAGAAUACAAGAUAUUCAGUAUAUAAAUGAAAUUGUAAGAACUAAUCUUAACAAUAAUCCAUUAGAAAUAAUUGAUUUGUCGAAUUUAGAAAUAUUUGCUAGAGCACAAUCGCCACCACAUAAUUUUUGGAAUAAUAGACGAAUAAAUCUAUCUAGUGAUAAAUUUAUUUGUGAUUGUCGUAAUUAUGAGUUUGCAAGAUUUUUACAUAACCAAAUGCCAAAAAUAGUGUACAAGUACUUACAAAUUGAACAAAAAUUAAUAUGUAAUGAUGGUUUGCGUACAGAAUUUUCAAAUGUAAAUAUGGAAAGUUUAACAUGUGAUUGGGAAAUUUUUGAUGAUGAAGACAAGACUGAUUGUUCAGAAUGUGAGUGUACUUACCGUCCUCAUGACAAAUCUGCCCUGAUGAAUUGUUCAAAUAAAAAUUUAACAUUGGCACCAGAAAUAAUAAUUUCAAGUAAAAAUAUUAAUUAUACAGAACUAAAUUUAAGAAAUAAUUAUAUCACCAAGUUGCCAAACUAUGAAAAUUUGAAUAUCAAGAAGUUAAAUAUUGGUUAUAACAAUUUAAACACUAUUAAUAUAACGCAGUUACCUAAAAAUCUUAUGGAAUUACACAUGGAACAUAAUAAUCUAACAAUGAUUAGUGAGACAAAUUUUAACAAUACAUUACCUAAUAUAAAUAUCAUAACAAUGAAUAGUAAUUCAUGGAUAUGUGAUUGUGAUGCCAAGAAUACUAUAAAUUUUAUUCACAAAUAUUCAUCCAAGAUUUUUGAUUUAGCUAACAUCACAUGCUAUCAAUCUUCAACUUUAUUAUACACCCUGACUGUGGAAGAAGUAUGUCUAGAAAGAUUAAAUACUGCCACGAUCAUCAUUGUAUCUAUGUUUUUAGCUAUAUUUAGUUUAGUAUUAGGUUUGUUAUGGAUUUUGUAUAAUAAUUAUAAGACUAAAAUCAAAAUAUGGCUGUAUUCCCAUAAUAUAACAUGGCCAAUAUCUGAAGAAUCUCUCGACCAAGAUAAAAAAUAUGAUGCAUUUAUUAGUUUCUCUCACAAAGAUGAAGAGCUAGUUGCAAAACAUUUAGUGCCAGGCUUGGAAGGAGGCAAUUCACCAUUUAAACUUUGUCUUCACUACAGAGACUGGGUAGUCGGUGAUUGGAUUCCUGCUCAAAUUGCUCGUUCAGUUGAUGAAUCUCGAAGAACUAUUAUUGUAUUAUCACAACAUUUUUUGGACAGUGUUUGGGGUCGCACAGAAUUCAGGACAGCUUAUUCUAGUGCUCUAAAUGAACGGCGCAGUCGUAUAAUCGUCAUACUUUAUGGAGAUAUGUCAACCAAAGAUUUAGAUCCAGAGUUAAAAGCUUAUCUAUCCAUGAACACUUAUAUUAAAUGGGGAGAUAGUUGGUUUUGGGAGAAAUUGAGAUAUGCUCUUCCACAUAGACCAGAAACAAAAAACAAAAUUAGAACUAAGAUAAUAGUACCCGAUAAAUUAAAUCCUAUUCUGUUAACAUGACAUUUAUUUUAUAUUUGAUUAUCUGUUUUAAUUGUUUUAUAAAAUGUAAUAACAUUUGCAUAAUUUUUUCAGUGUAUAAAUUUUAUGACAGUUAUUUUAUUUUAUAAGUUCUUUUUUUAU